CUUCGUUUGAUUUUCAUAAACAAUGAAUGGCACGAUGCGGUCAGCAAGAAAACCUUCCCUUCUAUCAACCCAGCAACAGGAGAAGUUAUCUGCCAGGUUGCUGAGGGAGAUAAGGCAGAUGUGGACAAGGCCGUUAAGGCAGCCAAGGCGGCUUUCCAGCUGGGCUCUCCUUGGAGGAGGAUGGAUGCUUCUCAUCGGGGGAAGCUGCUGAAUCGCCUGGCUGACCUGAUCGAGAGGGACCGGGCGUACCUGGCGGCGCUGGAGACCCUGGAUAAUGGCAAACCGUACUCUAUCUCCUACCUGGUGGAUUUGGACAUGGUGGUCAAAUGUCUCAGAUACUACGCAGGCUGGUCGGAUAAAUUCCAUGGCAAAACCAUCCCGAUAGACGGAGACUUCUUCUGUUACACAAGACAUGAGCCGGUGGGAGUUUGUGGGCAGAUAAUCCCGUGGAACUUCCCGCUGUUGAUGCAAGCUUGGAAACUGGGGCCUGCCCUGGCCACUGGGAACGUGGUGGUGAUGAAAGUGGCGGAGCAAACCCCGCUGAGCGCUCUCUACGUGGCUAAUUUGAUCAAAGAGGCUGGAUUCCCCCCGGGCGUGGUGAACAUCGUACCUGGCUAUGGGCCCACCGCAGGGGCUGCCAUCUCUUCCCACAUGGACGUAGACAAAGUGGCCUUCACUGGCUCCACGGAGGUUGGGCACCUGAUCCAGAAGGCAGCGGCAGAGAGUAACCUAAAGAGGGUGACCCUGGAGCUGGGAGGAAAGAGUCCCAACAUAAUCAUGUCUGAUGCAGACAUGGACUGGGCUGUGGAUCAAGCCCAUUUUGCCCUCUUCUUCAACCAAGGACAGUGCUGCUGUGCUGGAUCCCGAACGUACGUCCAGGAAGAUAUUUAUCAUGAGUUUGUGGAGAGGAGCGUGGAGAAGGCCAAGUCCAGGGUGGUUGGAAACCCGUUUGACUCCAAAACUGAACAGGGCCCUCAGGUCGAUGAAGAGCAGUUUAAGAAGAUCCUCGGUUACAUCAGUAGCGGGAAGCGUGAAGGAGCCAAACUGCUGUGUGGUGGCAACGCCGCUGCAGACAGAGGGUACUUUGUCCAGCCAACCAUCUUCGGUGAUGUGCAGGACAACAUGACGAUUGCCAGAGAGGAGAUAUUUGGGCCGGUCAUGCAGAUUCUGAAAUUCAAAACAAUUGAGGAAGUCAUCGAGAGAGCAAAUGACUCCAAGUACGGCCUCGCAGCAGCCGUCUUUACAAAGGAUCUUGACAAAGCAAACUAUGUGUCCCAGGGCCUGCGAGCUGGGACGGUCUGGUGAGCCUCGGCACUUCCUUCUCCCAAAACUCCUGGCAGCU